AAAACAUAAAUUGAACCUUUAUUGCCUUAUAUGCCUCUCUUUUAGAGCCCUUCUCAAAGCCUUAUAUAUUUUACAACCCUUUUCUCUUUGUCCUUCCUUUCUCUCUUUACUUCUUCUCUCUUUUCUUCCAUUUCAAAACCCUAAUCCAAGAGCUUACAAAGAAAGAGAAAACUCAAGAAAAUAUGAUCCAAGACUCUCAAAUAUUCUCUCCACUUUAAACAACCAACAUGUUUGAUUUUUCCUUCCUAAUCAAACAUGUGUGUGAGAACAACCUAGGUAGUGGUCCAUCAAUGAGAGGCAAAGGACAAGUCUCAUAAGUUAACUCCUAAAUUUUGUAGAUCAUUAGAUCUUUCAAGAUAUAAGGAUAUAAACUUUCUCCAAAACUUAUAUGAGUGAUGGAUUCUGGUAAUAGUGGUAGUAUACAAUCUUCAAGUGGUGGUGAAGAUCAAGAAUAUGAUUCACAUCAUGGGGCAUCAUCAAUCUCAUCUUUCUUGAAUUCUUCAAGCCAUUUUGGUUCAAUUUCAUCAAGUCCAUUGCCACAAUUUCUUUCUCAACAACCCUCUCUCUUUGAUCCUAACACACAAAACUUCAGCUCCAAUUUUCAAGAUUCAACAAAUUCUCCUUACAAUAAUGAUCUUGUUUGGCCUAAAGACUUGAGAUCUGACCCCAACAACAAUUUUAACAACUUUGGAAACUUAACUUCCUCAUCAUCAAUUGCUCCUCAUCAAGGUCCAUAUUAUGAUUCAACUUCAAUACCAAUAAACUCCUCCAUUGUUCAACCUAAUGUGGGGAAAAAUCCUAAGAAAAGAAGUAGGGCAUCGAGGCGUGCGCCAACAACUGUUCUCACUACUGACACUACAAAUUUUAGACAAAUGGUUCAAGAAUUCACUGGCAUCCCAACAACUCCGUUUACUGGUUCAGCCUACACUCGCCGCCUUGAUCUUUUCUCAACUGCCAGCUCGGCCAUGAAGAGAUCAGCCCAUUUGGAUAACCUGGUACCACUUAGUUAUACUUUAAGGCCAUCCACCCAGAAGGUCCAAAAUUCUCAAUUUAUGCCACCAUCUAAUUCUUCUUCUCCAUUUUUGAGUUCUAGCAUGAUGGAUACUUUAGUGCCAACAAAUAAUAGCAUAGUCGGUACUACAAAUGCUUCCACCUUUGAUCAAAUUAAUAAGUCAUUUACUAGAACAAUUCCUUGUUUGGAUGAAAUGAGGAUGAGCCAUCAUGAGCAAGUUAGUGCAAAUCUUGGUGGAUUUGAUCAAUAUCAAAGUGGGACAAUUGGUGGAGAUCAAGAACAAUCAAGAAAAUAUAGGAAUAUCGCAAGAUUGUUUGAUGGAAAUAGUGGUAAUACUAAUUACUCACAACAUGUUGGUGGGUAUAAAUUGAACUGUUCAGCUUCAUCAACAUCAGAAUUAAAUCAUGCUGAGAAGGGUUUUGAAAAUAAUGUGUACACAACAGGUGAAGGAACAGUAGGUUCAUGGACUUGUCCUUCUGGCUAGUGGCUAGGACUUGUUAGAUAAUUUGGCUGACCUAAUAAUUUUUUUUUAUAUUAGAUUAAUAUUAUUGGUGAUGUUGACGAUAAAUAUAUGGUGAAAUUCAUUGA